AUGCCAACACCAAAGCAGCAAGGAAACGUAAUAUUCGAUUCAGCUUCAGAACUGAAUUUCGCUACACAUUUGCUACACACUCUUGGAGCUAGACCCGUGAAAUAUAAUUCAACAUAUCAACCUGAACUGGAUGCUCCAUUAGCUCCAUUACCUCAAUCAAGCAGACCAUUUCCAUUACGUAAAUUCGCCAAACCAGCAUCAUCAACAGACAUCACACUCCAAAUCAAGGCCUUAAAAGCCAAUAUAAAUCACACCAUAACCGUAUCUCGAAUAGCAACUAUAUCAGCAGUGAAAGCCUCCAUCGCUAAACUCGGUGACGUGCCUAUCUCCUCGCAACGACUUAUAUGGAAGGGCAAAGCACUCACUGACUCGAAAACAUUGCUGGAUUAUGGUAUCGAGUCGGGGGAAACUAUACACUUGUUGAAGAAGGUCGGGGUUGCGGACGAUGAUCCUGCUGCUGCUGCGACAACAGAAAAUGUACCAGCAGUUACGGAUUCAGGUAUAGCAAAAGUGGGGAUGGACAAGUCCUUUUGGGCUGGUGUGGCUACGUACUUGCAGAGUCGGUUGGGAGCAGAGUCGCCGAUAGUGUAUAGUGAGUUUGUAAAGGCUUAUGAAGGAUUGAUCUCAAAUAAGGAGGACAAGGAUGCGCUGAAGACGGCUUCAACUGUAUAA